ACACGAACAUUUUAGACGCCGGACAAGAAGGACCCGUAUGUAAACAAGUGCAACAAAAUGGCGGUGCCCUUCUUUAGGUUCUUCGGAAAGGUGAGCAGGCAGCUGACCCAGCCGUGGGCUUCGUGCCGGCCGCUUGCGCAUCAUGUCUCCUCUUCAACAGCUGGAUUUCCUCCUUUACAGACGUACUCCGAGGAGGAGGCUAUGAUGAGGGACGCAGUAAAGAAGUAUGCUCAGGAGCGCAUUGCUCCGUUUGUGUCUAAGAUGGAUGAAAACUCUGCGAUGGAGCCGGAAGUGAUCAGCUCUCUGUUUGAGCAGGGGUUGAUGGGGAUUGAGAUAAGCACAAAAUACGGUGGUACAGCCUCCUCCUUCUUCUCCUCCAUCCUGGUGAUCGAGGAGCUAGCGAAGGUGGACCCCUCCAUAUCGGUUCUGUGUGAUAUCCAGAACACGCUGAUCAACACGCUGAUGCUCAGACUGGGCACCGAGGAGCAGAAAGAGAAAUAUCUCCCUCGUCUCGUCUCCAACAUGAUUGGGAGUUUUUGUUUGUCUGAGGCCGGUUCUGGGAGCGACGCGUUCUCUCUGAAGACCCGAGCAGAGAAACGCGGAGAUCAGUACGUCAUUAACGGAUCAAAGAUGUGGAUCAGCAACGCCGAGCACGCUGGAGUGUUUCUGGUCAUGGCUAAUGCAGAUCCUUCAGCUGGUCACAGAGGGAUCACGUGCUUCAUUGUGGAUCGGGACACUGAGGGGCUUCAUAUCGGCAAGAAGGAGAACAAACUGGGACUGAGAGCCUCGUCUACCUGCGCACUCACGUUCGAUAAUGUCACGGUGUGUGAGAAGAACAUCCUGGGUGAAGUGGGUCAGGGAUAUAAAUACGCCAUCGGGAUGCUGAACGAAGGCAGGAUCGGUAUCGCAGCCCAGAUGCUGGGUUUAGCUCAGGGCUGCUUCGAUCACACCGUUCCCUACACCAAGCAGAGGGUCCAGUUUGGAAAACCCAUCUUUGACUUCCAGGCGAUGCAGCAUCAGAUUUCUCACGUGGCCACUCAGCUGGAGGCGGCGAGGCUGCUGACCUAUAACGCAGUGAGGCUGAAGGAGGCGGGGCGACCCUUCAUUAAAGAGGCCUGCAUGGCCAAGUACUUCUCCUCCGAGGUGGCCACGUUAACCACGUCGAAGUGUAUCGAGUGGAUGGGAGGCGUCGGCUUCACCAAGGACUAUCCUAUAGAGAAAUACUACAGAGACUGUAAGAUAGGCACCAUCUAUGAGGGAACAACCAACAUUCAGCUGAGCACAAUCGCAAAGUAUAUCGGGCAGGAGUACGACUCCUGAACACACACACACACACACACACACACACACACACACACACACAGCCAGAGUGUCAUAUCAGGAUUUUCAUCCAUCUGAAGACUCAACACUACUUGACCCUUGUAUCUGAAGUUAAACAUUUGACCUCAUCCUACACAGUACUGUGCAAAUGUCUUGGCCCCCUAUUUUUUUCAUACAAACUUUAUAGAUUUCUAUUUUAUGACUUCUACAUUAUCAAGUCAAAACAUUACAAAAACAUUUUAGAGUCCAAACAUUCAUUUUCCACCAUAAAAUUUAAAGCAGCAUAUUCCAUGAGAGAGCACUUUUCAGAUGAAAAAAGAAAACAUAAUGAAGGCUACUGGAAAAUUUUUGGUGUAAAAUGAAGUGAGUGUGACAGUCAAAGUGUGCAGAAGAACUGGGGCUGGUUCUGUAAGACGCUCAGUAAAACCUACAGCUCAUUUCCGCAUAAAACUGACCUCAUUGUAUUUUUUUAAAAGCAAAGGGAAUUUCGUCUCACACCAAAUGCUGACUUUGUUUCAUUUAUUAUAGCUUAAUGAUACUGUUUAUACAAUAUAUAUAAUAAUAAUAAUAAUAAUAAUAAUAAUAAUAAAUUUUAUUUAAAGCUCCUUUCAGGGUACUCAAGGACACUUAACAAUAAAAGUGUAAAAAUAAAAUCAAGCAAUUAUAAACAAUUAGAAUUAAUAAACAAUAAGAUGAAUAAAACGAAGCAGGACAGGAAUAUAUAACAAGUAAACUAUCUCAUUUAAACAAAACAUAAAACAAUAAAAUAGCUGGACCAUUCUGACACUAAAAUAAUAAAACCGAUUAAAAAAAAGUAUCUAUUAAAAGGGAAAAGCAAGAGUAAAAAGGUGGGUUUUUAAUUGUGCCUUAAAAGAAGAGAGAGAGGUACACUGCCGCAAUGAGAGGGGGAGAGAAUUCCAGAGUUUAGGCCCAGCUACACUAAAAGCCCUGUCACCCAUGGAAUGAAGACGAGUAGAGGGGGUGACAAGGAGGUGUGUGUCAGUGGAACCUAGGGUGCGUGUGGGCUGGUAUGGGGAGAGGAGAUGAGUGAGAUAAGGGGGUGCUAGAUUAUGCUGUGGCUUAAAGACGAGUAGGAGGAUUUUGAAUUGAAUGCGUAACUGAACAGGAAGCCAGUGGAGUUGGUGAAGGACAGGCGUGAUGUGUUGCCAUGGUCUGGUGUGGGUAAGAAGUCUUGCUGCAGAGUUCUGGAUAUGUUGUAAUCUGUUUAUUGAUUUGGCUGGAAGACCAGUAAGGAGGGCAUUGCAAUAGUCCAGUCUUGAGGUUAUGAAAGCAUGGAUGAGAGUUUCUGCAGUGGCAAGGGUGAGAGAAGAUCGGAGUUUAGAGAUGGUUUUCAGAUGGAAAAAUGCUGUUUUUGUGACCUGUUUUAUGUGGGAUUCAAAAAAAAGUGAUGAGUCAAUAAUGACACCAAGAUUCUUCACUUCAGAUGAGGUGGUGGUAAAGUAGCCUGGGAUGGAGAACUGAGAAUGGUUUAUCUUUUUAAGGAGGGUGGGAGUGGCAAUGAGUAUGGCUUCUGUCUUAUCAUGGUUGAGUUUAAGAAACUUACAAGUCAUCCAAUUGCUGAUAUCAUGAAGGCAGGCAGCCAGGUCAUAUAUAUAUAUAUAUAUAUAUAUAUAUAUAUAUAUAUACACACACACACACACACACACAGUGGUGCUUGAAAGUUUGUGAACCCUUUA